AUGAACGGAGUAAUGUACAUCCUGCUGCUACUGGCAUCCUUGCUGGCAGUGGCCCAGUGCAAGCCUAUGAACAGUGUAAUCGACUUGGACAAGUUUUUCGAGGAGGCGGACACCAAUUCCCAUGAACGAGUUGUGGGCGGCUACGAUGUCCCCCAGGAUGAGUAUGUGCCAUACCAGAUUUCCAUGCAGUUCCUCACCCGCAGUGGCAAACAGCGACACUUCUGUGGUGGCUCACUAAUCGCUCCAAACCGCGUCCUCACCGCCGCUCAUUGUGUCAAUGGCCAGAAUGCCAGUCGCAUCAGCGUUGUGGCUGGAAUCAGGGAUCUGGAGGACACCACUGGCUUCCGUUCCCAAGUGCAAUCAUACGAGAUGAACGAGAACUACCAGGAACUGGUUACCAGCGACAUCGCCAUUCUUAAGAUCGAUCCUCCCUUCGAGCUCGACGAGAAACGAGUGUCCACCAUUGAUGUGAGUGGUUCGGACAUGGUGGGUGCUGGGCAGGAGGUCCUCCUCACGGGCUGGGGAUCGGUGUUUCACUUUGGCACUGGUCCCUUUGCCAAGUACCCCACAGUGUUGCAGAAAUUGGAAUACAAAACCCUGAGCAACCAAAAAUGCAAGGAAACUAUGUCCCAACUGACGGAUACUGAGAUCUGCGCCCUCGAGAGGUUCGGCAAAGGGGCCUGCAAUGGUGACUCUGGCGGGCCUUUGGUAAUGCGCAGUGGCGAGACUGUGAAGCAAGUCGGAGUGGUCUCCUAUGGAACUGCCUUCUGUGCAUCCAAUAAUCCGGAUGUCUAUACCCGAGUGUCCAUGUUCGAUGGCUGGAUAAAAGAGAGAAUGGCUUAAAAAUUGCAAAAUAUUUAUUGUCAAUGGAUGAAUAAAGAUA